GCGUCAUCUGAUGGCAGCAGGGCUAACAGCGUGCCACAGUUCAUUCGAGAAAUGACGUGCCUCACGCGGGGCGCGCAUGACCUCUUGGACUGAAAUAUGUAACACAGGAUUUAGCGGAACAAAUAUCGCCUACCGAAAAGGAAAGUAAUUUUCUUCUUUCCUUUAUAGCUGUUCACACGACUGUAUUUCAAACUGGGAGCAACUUGGAAAACGCUUACGGAAAACGCUCAAACUUCAUCCACGGAGAAUACCGGUAAUUUCCCUGUUUCUACAGUCCAGACAAGAUCAACACUUCUUGAACCCCUCUCCUAGUGAGAGGAACAGACCUAGUGAUGUCCCAACCUGACAAGAAUAUCUAUUCUUCAUUGGAGGGGGGCAUCCAGCCCCCAAAUGUAGGCUUUGGGCAGCCAAGCCCACCAGGAUAUGGGAUGCCCUUCCCCAACACGCAGGGAAUGCCGAACCCAUUUGGGGGGCCAGGGCCUGCUCCAGGGGGGAUGCCCUUCCCCACGCCUGGGGCAUUUGGUCAGCCCAUGUACUCCCAGGGUCAGGGGAACCCAGGAUAUGGGAUGACCUUACCCAACACGCAGGUAAUGCCGAACCCAUUUGGGGAGCCAGGGCCUGCUCCAGGGGGGAUGCCCUUCCCCACGCCUGGGGCAUUUGGUCAGCCCAUGUACUCCCAGGGUCAGGGGAACCCAGGAUAUGGCACUGCACCGUACGCUCCCAUGCCUGGGGCCUACGGUCAGGGCUUUGACAACCCAAAUCAUGACCCAAACACUGGUUACCACAGCGAUGAUCAACCCCCAGCCUUUAGUGACAAUAUUUCCUUCUCUCUUGGCACCGGACUGGACGACAAGACCAUAAGACGAGCCUUCAUCCGGAAAGUCUUCAUGGUGUUGACCGUCCAGCUGAUGGUAACAUUCUCCUUUGUGGCUCUCUUCACCUUUGUGGAGGACAUCAAAGUGUUCGUCAGGGCCAACACAUGGACCUACUGGGUGUCCUAUGGCGUCUUCUUCGUCUCUCUCAUCACCAUCAGCUGCUGUGGAGAGUUUCGCCGCAAACACCCAUGGAACCUGAUUGCACUAUCCAUCCUGACCCUGGCUAUGUCCUACAUGGUGGGGAUGAUCGCUAGUUUCUACGACACUGACUCAGUCAUCAUGGCCGUGGGCAUCACUGCUGUUGUCUGCUUCACCGUGGUUAUCUUCUCUCUCCAGACCAAGUAUGACUUCACUUCCUGUCACGGUGUGCUGUUGGUUUGUCUGAUUGUCCUGUUCCUCUUCGGCUUCCUCUGCAUCUUCAUCCGCAACAAGAUCCUGGAACUGGUCUACGCCUCGCUGGGCGCUCUACUCUUCACAUGCUUCUUGGCUGUGGACACUCAGCUGCUGCUUGGCAACAAGGAGAAUGCCCUGAGUCCAGAGGACUAUGUUUUUGCUGCUCUCUCCCUGUACACUGACAUCAUCAACAUCUUCCUCUACAUCCUGUCUAUCGUUGGAAGAGCACGGAACUGAGAGCUUCCUCUAAAGGAACCAUUGAAGGAUGAAGGAGUCUUUUUACAUUUACAUUUACAUUUAAGUCAUUUAGCAGACGCUCUUAUCCAGAGCGACUUACAAAUUGGUGCAUUCACCUUAUGAUCUCCUUUUUACAGGAGUUACUAAUCUGUUCCCAUAUCUAGUACAACACCUGCUACUCGUUGUUUUAUGUGCCUAUGUCUCAGGUGAACACUGCUGUCGCCUGUCGUUCUAAAUGUGGUUCCCUAUGCGCUUUUAGAGCAGUGGUUUCCAAACUGUGGGGCGCACCUCCCCCUAGCGAACUCAGUCCGGCUUUGAACUUCCUCUUGAAAGUUGUAAUAGUAGAAUGCACAAGGUGACAUUUCUAAAUGGGGUGGUGCAUCAUCAGUUCCUCUUGUCAGUCAUUGCAGAGCGUGUUGGGGGAACCCUGAUUUAGCAGAUGUUCUUAUCCAGAGCCAUGUAUUUUUCUAUUGCGUUACUAUUUUUCUUUGCUAAUUUUCGUAUUUUUUAACUCUGCAUUGUUGGGAAAAGACUCGUAAAUAAGCAUUUCACAGUGAAGUCUACACCUGUUGUAUUCAGCGCAUGUUACAAAACAUUUGAUUUAACUUAGUCAGUUCCUUCAUCUUGGGUAACUAAACAACCACAUAUCACAGUCAUAGCGAGUAACUCUGCUUGAUAGUACUCCCUCAUGUUUAUUGUGAUCAGUUUUACCACAAUCCAUACUGGUUUAAAUAGUGUAGUGUGAAUAAUUUAAUAAUAUUUUAAUUCAAUUUGUUUUGUGAUAUUUCUGAUGUUUGUGAGUCUUUGCAGCUGUAUUUGUUGAUAGUUAUUCAAUUAAAACUAAAUUGUGAUCUCUUU